UGUUGGUUGGAAGUUAUAUUAGCAAAUAUGAAGAUUUUAUUACCAUAUAACAAUUAUUACUGUUGUAUUUUUAAAUCAUUAACAUUUCAAUCAAAUUUUCAUGUACCACAAAUAGUUACAGCAUUACAAUAUGCAACCGAUGCUACAGCCAAGCCAAAUACAAAAACUAAAAAAGAUGAACCUUGUCCUGAAGCAGAAAAACCACCAGCACCAAAAAUACAAAAAUUUAAAAUAUAUCGUUAUGAUCCCGAUAAAAAAACUAAACCACAAAUGAAGACAUAUGAAGUUGACUUAAAUGAGUGUGGUCCUAAAGUCUUAGAUGCAUUGCACUACAUUAAACAUAAAAUUGAUUCAACAUUAACAUUUCGACGUUCAUGUCGCGAAGGUAUUUGUGGAUCCUGUGGAGUUAAUAUUAAUGGUGUAAACACAUUGUCUUGUACUGCGAAAAUAAAACAUUCAAAAAAACCAGUUGUAGUUUAUCCAAUGCCUCAUAUGUAUAUAAUAAAGGAUUUAGUGCCUGAUAUGCAUCAUUUUUAUCAACAGUAUAAUUCGAUAAAGCCAUGGUUGAUUCGUUCGACAAAUUCAAAACAACAAAUUUAUCAAAGUACUGGAGAACGGGAUCGUUUGAACACGUAUAUAGAUUGUAUCCUUUGUGCUUGUUGUUCGACAUCUUGUCCAGCUUAUUGGUGGAAUUCAAACAAAUACUUAGGCCCAGCUGUAUUAAUGCAAACAUAUCGGUGGAUUAUAGAUUCACGAGAUGAAGCCACUGAGGAACGAUUAAACAAUUUACGUGAUUAUUAUAAAGUAUACCGUUGCGUUACAAUAUUCAAUUGUACAACUGCUUGUCCAAAAGGCUUAAAUCCAGGCAAAGCAAUUGCUUUAUUAAAACAAUUGAUAUCUGGAAUCAAAAUCAAAGAAGCGCCUCUGAAUCCAUCAACGUUAUUCAAAGAAUGUAUUGACCCAAAAACUAUGGCACCUGAAAGUAGACCUCCAGAACCUCCAAAAACAACUUAAAUUAUCAAAUUAUUUAUUAAUUUUUAUGCGUAUAAUUAAAAGUACUAAUAAAUUCAUGUGUUUAUUGGUUCAUCAUAGUUAGGAAUUGGUGGUGGUAAGGGGAUGGUUUCUUCGAGGUUCAAAAAUUUAUUGAAUGAACGCCAAUCGAUAUGUUGAGAACGUUUUGGUUCCUUUUCCGAUAACCAGGAUAGUUUUUGCUGCAAACAAAAUAUAUUCAUCAGUU